AAGUAUAUGUUUGUCAGCAGUCAUGGAAGAAGACACUAAUCUUGCUUCAGAGACAGAAAGCAGCCCCGAAUCCCAAGAAAAAACACCUGAUAACUUUAUUGAAGAUCUUGCAACUGAUUAUGUCAAUUACACUCAGUUUGACUCUGCCAAAGAGAAAGAAAAAUUCAAUGAGAAUAUAGAAGGAAUGCUCACAAAGCUAGAGGAAUUCUGUGGUUUAGUUGAUAUGAUUAGAGCAGAUACUAAUCUAUGUUUAACAGAAACACUACCUAGAAUACAGACAAAAUGUACACAGAUGCAAGAAAUAUUUGAGAAAAUUGACAAAUUAGAGGCCUUUGUGGGAAUGGUGAAAACCAAUGUAAGUGUGCUAGAGGAGUGUGUUAACAAAGCAGAGGAUGAAAUGGGAUCCCUAAGUGGUCUGAAGAAGAUGCUUUCUUCCUUUGUUGGACCAAAAAAAACAGUUUCAAAAUCAGACAAAAAGGCAGUUUUCAACCCCCCUGAAAUUUUCAGCACCAAGGACUUUUUUCCAGGACCACAGGAAAAUGUGCAAACAGAAGACACACCUGCAGAGAACUGACUCAAUUGAAGUGAUAAAAAUUAACAUUCCAGAAUCCGAUCUCUCAGAAAAUAAAUUUUGAAUCAAAUACUAUGAAAAUACAGCAAAAUGGUGUUAACCAAGGGGAAGAAAUAACCUGUGCACUUUUAUGUGCAUGACAUUAAUAGUGUUGAAGCAGGAUUCAAAAUGUUUAGAAAUAUGCAAAGAAAUUGGUAUCAUGUAUUCUGGCAUUGGCAGUAUUAAUUUUUUUUUUUAUUUCAAAAAGAUUUUUUUCAUUUGCAUUUUCAAACUUAAAUCUCAGAUACAUACAGGGAUACUGGAAAUUUACAGUAUACUGUGAAAAUCACUGAUUUCAUGGAGGUUUAAUUUUUGUUGUUUUUAAGAGUCCCAUAAAUCCAUGUCCUCCACGAAAUGUAAAAUUUCAAUGAUAUAACAAUUCUACACUUCUCCAACUACAAAAUCAAAUCUCCAUGAAUCAAAUUUUUUCCCCCAAACCUCAAAAUUUGACCCCAUAAAAAUAUUUGAUUUUACAGCAGGUGAUAAGUAAAUUUUCUAUUCUCAAGAUUUCUGUGGGACCAGUGAAUCAUCAGUGCUUUGAGAAACUGUUACAGUUAUGUGCAAUAGUAAACCAAUUUUAUGUUUGGGCCAAAUGUAUGGGAAUAUACCUGGCCUUCAAUAUUAUAUAUUUUUUGUUUACCGUAAUAAAAUUGAAUGACUAUUUGGAUGUAAAAUUGAUUGAUUGAUUUUUUUUUUUGCAUUCUUUCAUCCUACAUAUCUAACCCAGUUUUACAAAUCAAAGUUCAAAAGCACAUACUAGAUACAAUUUACUAGUA